AGGAAUAAUAAGCUAAGGGCAUCAUUAUCGCUACUUCUUAGCCUUUUUGGGUCGAAUAAUAAAUCAAAAACACGGGAAAUGUUUACUAACGGGCCUUAAUUAAGAAGUUUGGGCGGACGUCCUUAAGUGGCAGGUGACAGCUGCAUAUUGGCUUUAGGGUUCGAGGAAGGGAAAGUCGCGUUUCGGUCUUCUCAUUUCCUUCUUCUUCUUGUUGAGAGCUCGUCGGCGAAAGAAUCGCCAUAGGUCCUCUCGUUGAUUGCGCAAAUCGAAAUCCUCUCCGUGCAUGUCAAGCGUCGAAAUCCUCUCAGUGCAUGUCCUCUCGGUGAUAGCCCAAAUCGAAAUCCUCUCGGUGCAUAGCCCAAAACAAGGUUAAGUAACAAUGGGACUUGAUUACAGCUAUAGUCAGCCAUCACAAUCAGAUACGUUUGGUGGGCACACAGUAUCCAGUGGCUACGACGAGACAGCCGAUCUUAUUCGUCGGGAUCAAGAAGAAAUAAGAGACAACAUUGCUGAGUAGGUUCAUUACCCGCCUCAACCUGAGGUGGAGUUUGGAAUCCCGCAUAUAUGUUACUGUGGUCGUCAACCCCUUGUCGCAAGCUCUCAUUCUCGAAAUCAUCCAGGUAGACUAUACUACACCUGCGCAAAUGUUGAUGAUGGCGACUGCCAUGUUUGGAAGUGGUGGGAUGUCGCCGUUAUGGAAGAGAUGAAAGCAAGGGAUUUACACACCCUCGAACUGGCUCAAAAGGUAGAUUCUCUUACCCUUAUGGGUGACUAUGUGACUGAGCAGAAGGUGGCUAAACUAGAGGAGAUGGUUUCUAAGCUAAGUAACAAGAAUCCAGUGUUUACCAAUCGGUUUGAAAUGGUUGUUGCUUUCAUGGUUGUUGUUUAGUCGUAAUGGGGAUGAUGGUCAUGUUUAAGUAGACUGCUUAUGUAUUUUAGCUGUAAUGGUUGUUCAUGUCGGAAAGCUGUAAUUUGUUAACUACUUGUCCGUAUGCUGUUUUGUAAUAAAGAGUAUUUGUAUGUAUUUUACUUCUCUCAUGUCGGUAUGGUGUUGUGAUCACGGGAGUUAGAAACAUAUAAACACAUGAAACAACACAACAAAACAAGCAAGCAACUGUCAGAAGAAACUAACAACACAAAUCUGGUGUCACAAGACUUCAAAACUAUUAACAUCACAGGAGUUUAUAGGGAAAUAUCAGAAGGGAAACAUUGUGUGCUAUAAAAAUAUAACAUCUUCUCUCAUUACCUUCACCACAACUCAUCUCUCUUGAACUCUCUUUCCAAACAUUUCCUCCCCAUUCAUUUUUUUUUUUUUUAAAAUGGCUUCUUCUUCUCAUUAUCAUUAUCACAAAGAUGAUGAUGUUGAAUUUGAAUCCCUUUUUGAAGAAUUAUUAGAAAUCCCAGAUACUUUUCCCGAACCGAAAGAGCGUAAAAAACGUAUAUUUAUUGAGAGAAACCGGGAAGAAGGCCACAUCAACCUGUGGAAUGAUUAUUUUUUUGAAACUCCUACAUACCCUCCCAAUAUAUUCCGGUGACGGUUUCGAAUGAGCAAGUCAUUGUUCCUGCGUAUUGUGCAUCGUCUCUCUACGGAAGUAGCUUAUUUUGCUCCAACACAAGAUGCAGUCGGAAGGUCAAGUCUAUCACCGCUCCAAAAAUGCACUGCAGCCAUUCGUCAAUUAGCAUAUGGUGGUGGGGCUGAUACAGUUGACGAAUAUGUAAGACUUGGUGAAACCACAGCUCGAAAAUGCUUGCACCAAUUUACCGCGGGAAUUAUCCACUUGUUUGGAGAUGAAUACCUAAGACGUCCAACAGUGGAGGAUCUUGAAAGACUACUCGCUAAAGGAGAAGAACGUGGAUUUCCCGGGAUGAUUGGAAGCAUCGAUUGUAUGCAUUGGGAGUGGAAGAAUUGCCCCACCGCUUGGAAAGGUGUGUAUUCACGAGGAACCGAUAAACCAACAAUUGUGUUGGAGGCCGUAGCUUCUUAUGACCUAUGGAUAUGGCACGCAUUUUUUGGAGCUCCACGUACUAUGAACGAUCUUAAUAUUCUAGAUCGAUCACCUGUUUUUGAUGACAUUAUUAAAGGAAUAGCUCCUCAAGUCAACUUCAAUGUCAACGGAAGGGAGUACGAUUUCGCCUACUAUCUCACGGAUGGUAUUUGUCCGGAAUGGGCGACAUUUAUUCAAUCUAUCCAACUACCACAAGGUCCAAAACAUUCACUAUUUGCUAAAACCCAAGAAUCUGUCCGAAAAGAUGUUGAGCGUGCCUUUGGAGUCAUGCAAGCUAGAUUCGCCGUUAUUAAAAAUCCAUCUAAUUUAUGGGAUAAAUCUAAGAUAGCAAAUAUUAUGAGAGCAUGUAUCAUACUCCAUAAUAUGAUUGUCGAAGAUGAACGACGUACACAGACUCAAGAUGAGACGUUUCAAGAUGAGGAUAUUUAUUUUUGCGUCAAGAUGCCUACCGAGCUUUUCAAUACACUUGAUCGUCGGGCAAAAGUUCGGGGUAGACCAAUCCAUAGACAAUUAAAACUUGAUUUGAUCGAACAUAUAUGAGAUCAAUUUGGGUUUGAAAAUUAAGAUUUCAUGUUUAAGUUUCUAUGAAUUGAAUAAAAAAGAUGCUUUUAUGCAUUUUUUUUUUCAACUUUGUAAUCUUUUUUUUUUAAUUUUUGUUCAACUUUGUUAUUUUCUUAUGUUUAAUGUUAUAUGUUUUGUUAUAAAGUCCUUCCAAAAAAAUUUACAAAAUAAAAAAAAAAUUACUAUUUAGCUAAGAACCUACAAAAGUAUCUACCAAUAAUCUCCACUUUUAAUCAAGUAUCUUAACAAAAUCUCUUAAUCUAAUUAUAUUAAUAAACUAAUCUAAGAUAUGCAAUUAAAGUCCUAGCAAUGAGGAUGGCCUAAGAGCAUCUUUAUCCCAUAUACCCUGUUAAGAGGGUUUCUUAUAUUUUAUUUUUUAUUUUUUAAAUUUUUUUUCUGAUUAAAAAAAAAUAAAUUAAAAAGCGCAAGUGUCGGUGGAGUCCGCGAACAGUGCAAAAAAAACACACAACAGACAUCUCUUAUUCUGCCCACUUUAGAGACGCUAAAAUGGACGCGAUAAAAAUGCUCUAAAACAAAUAAAAUGAAAUUCCGGUUUGGUUAGGUUGGAUUUACCGAAACCGAGAUUCAAGUUCAUGCAAUUUGGAUUACCGA